AUGGGUUGCAUCUGUUCCUCUGGCAUUAAGCAUCAUAGCCCUGGGUAUGAAGAUCCCGCUCUUCUUGCUAAAGAAACCCCAUUCACUGUGAGUGAAGUUGAGGCGUUGUAUGAGCUUUUCAAGAAGCUGAGCAGCUCCAUUAUUGAUGAUGGCCUCAUUCACAAGGAAGAAUUCCAGCUGGCACUCUUCAGGAACAGAAACAUGCGUAAUCUCUUUGCCGACAGGAUAUUUGAUCUAUUUGAUGUGAAACGUAAUGGAGUUAUCGAGUGUGGAGAAUUUGUUCGAUCACUAGGUGUUUUCCAUCCAAAUGCACCGAUAGAAGAUAAAAUCGAAUUUGCUUUCAGGCUAUACGAUCUCAGACACACUGGUUUUAUUGAAAGAGAAGAGCUAAAGGAGAUGGUGAUAGCACUGUUACAUGAAUCCGAUUUGGUGCUUUCUGAAGACGUUAUUGAAAUGAUAGUGGAUAAAACAUUUAGCGAUGCAGAUAUUAAAGGGGAUGGAAAGAUAGAUGAAGAUGAAUGGAAGGAAUUUGUAGCAAAAAAUCCAUCUCUUAUAAAAAACAUGACCCUCCCGUACUUGAAGGACAUAACUUUGGCAUUCCCGAGUUUUGUUUUGAGCUCUGAAGUGGAAGACUCGGAUGUAUAACAAUUAGAGUAGAGAAAAUAUGAAUUUGAUCAAAAUUUGACAUGGUUUGAGACAUGGGUGUCACAACUGGAACUACCUUUUUAAGGGAGCUGGGUUCGUUGGCUGAGAAGGGCAAAAGGGGAAUUUCUUAUGGUUCGGCUGCCAUGGAGGUUGAAGGAGAUUUGAGGUUGUUUAUACAGAGGGAAAAAAAUGGCAAAUGCUCUACUAUAUGCAAUAAGUUGCAUUUGUGUUAUUCAACUGUUGAGUUUAAGUAUCUUGGUUUUGUAAAGAGACAUAUUAUCAUCGUUGUUCUCUGCUGUUGAAUGAGAGACUUUAAAGUGUUGAUAAACUGUGAUUUUGUUUUCACUUGGGGAUGAAAAACUGAGUUGGUUUCAACUUGUAGGGAUUUUGUUUCUUGUUUAUGUUCUUUUUUUAAGAGUUUUUGAAUUUGAAAAGGGUACCAAAAGAAAGUUUACAAUGGUUCUCUACAGUUUCUCUUUGUAACCGGUUUGAAUUAUUUGGUCAUAAUAAGGUUUCCGGUGUCCAAAAUGUGAUCAUGCUUUCUUAGGGC